AUGAACGACGUUACUUGCAACGAUUCUGCAAAGUUUUACCUCAUAUCCACCGAUCUCAAAGAUCUUCGUUCGACUUUUAUCGCCAACUGUAUCUUCAACAAUUUUCUUACGCACACCUCCAUCAUGUUGAAUAUUGUGACAAUCUACGCUAUCCACAAAACCUCGGCGAUCGCAAAAACUUUGAAAACUCUGCUACUGAGUCUUGCCUGCUCUGAUGUUGCUGUUGGUUUGUUUAGUCAACCAUUAUACACUUUUUUUCUGGUCAAGUGGUUACAACUGGACAAUCUUAACUGUAAUAUUUACCAAGCGCUGAAUAUUUCAGGUUAUUUAUUCUCAGCUGUUUCGUUUCUUGGUGUUGUGGCUUUAAGUGUGGACAGGUUCUUAGCUGUUCAUCUUCAUCUCAGAUAUCAAGAGCUUGUGACUCAAAAGCGUGUUGUUGUUGUGGUGAUCAGCAAAUGGUUGUGCAGUGCAUUUGUUUCUUCGAUAGCAUUAUGGGGGUUGCCUGGUGCUCGGAGUAUUACAAAGUCAGUCGUUGCAGUUUUCGGUUUCAUUGUCACGUUUGUGGUGUACACCAGGAUAUAUUUAACUGUCCGACGGCACAAAAAUCAGAUUCAUUCUAUGCAAUCCAUGCAAAUACGAAACGAAGCUCAGUCUGAGGAGAUAAAAAACUUUAAUAUCCUCAUUAGAUCCACAGCUGGCAUAUUCUACGUAUAUCUCGUGUUUUUAAUUUGUUAUUUGCCCUACUUCAUUUGCAAGGCUGUUAUUCAAAUCUAUGGUUCGAGUAUCGUUUUAAAGAAACUGUAUCUUUACUCACUGACUCUCGUGUUCCUAAAUUCAUCUUUGAACCCUGUCAUUUACUGCUGGAAGAUGAAACACAUCCGACACACUAUCAUAGACAUACUGGGAAAGAUGUCUUGGAUCAGCAAUCGGCCAUUUCGGAUCAACUACAAUCGGUCAUCGAAUGUCGUUCAUAUUGAUAACUGAUCCACUCUGUGUGGCUUAAAAAGACUAUGCACGGUAAUUGUUUAUGACAAAGUGAAAUGGGGACAAGCAAGAUUGUACAUAAACUAAGUUAUAAGACCCGGUAGCCAAAUAAUUGCGUAGUUCCAAUUUUAAGUACACAAUAAAUCGAAUAAUCUCUGGUGUGGAAGGGCAGGAACUAAUUUUGGCAAGAAAGCUGGUUUUGUCAUCGAUAGAUGGUGAUAUUGUAAUUAUGGUUGCAAAGGAGCUAGUAUUUACGAGAGAAGAAAAAAAUCGAUGUUAAUCAUUAGUUAAUG